AUGUCGCUCCUCUCCUAUAAUCCGGGCAGCUUCCAAAUCUUCGUGAAGCAGGAGCCUUCAGAGGCCCUGGUUGUAGCUAAGGGGAAGGAGAAAGCUCGCAAAGCCAUCGAUCCGCCACCCCUCGUUCAGCUUGAGGUGAAGCCUAGCGUCGAUCCUCAGAAGAACUACCUCCAGAACCCGUAUCUGUUCAUGGUAGUCAGUCUGUACAAACCUGACCGCGAUGAGCCUCUACCCGGCCCCGACUCCUUGACGGGCACUCUAUCGUCCUCACUGCAUCGCCUCAAAGACCUUGACAACUCGGACAUGGGACUGUUUGUGUUUGGAGACGUCUCGGUCAAGAUGCUUGGGUCCUACAGGCUACACUUCCGCCUAUACGAGUUCUGUCCGGACACGUUCAAUUCUCAAUAUUUGACAUCCGUAACGAGUAAAAAGUUCAGUGUUCUGGCGCCCAAGGAUUUCAGAGGCAUGGAUCAGUCUUCACACAUCAGCCGCUUGAUUGCCGACCAGGGAGUCCGUCUCCGCUUGCGCAAAGAGGCCAGAGCUGCAGCUGGGUCGAAACGUCCGUUCCCUUAUGACAGCCCUGUCAGCAUCGCACAAGCUCACCCACCACUCCCCAAUGAGUACUCGUCCUCCUACGAGGGGGAGCAGUCACCAACGAAGCGCGAGGGCACGUACACAUCGAACGAGGUUCCCAGCCAGUCCGCUAUGGAGCAACCUUAUGGUGCCCAGCCUCCAUACAAGCGCUCUUAUCCGUCGUACCCUGUCGUCGGGCAGCAUUCUGCCAUCAAUUCUCCUUACUCCAUGAUGAGCCAUUCGAGUAUGGUCGGGCACCACGCUAGCCUCAUAAAUCCAACAAAUGUCCUGGCCUCGAACGCGAACUCAGCAUACCCUGUCGACAACACCAGUCUGUACACCACCGCCACUUACCCAAGCUCUAGUUCUGCCUAUCAGGGCACUUCCGCUCAAUACCCGAGUACCGGUUAUUCCGGCGUGUACUUCAACGGCUACGAGAACAACAUCCCCCGCUGA